UUCUCUCUCUCAUCUCCUUCAUAUCCCAAACCGCACCCAUUCUCCUGAUAUCUCUUGCUUAUCGAAUUGCUUCACUGCGUUUAAAUCUUUGCCUCUAGGGCAGGAAGAUGAGCUACCUAUUGAAGACGCUGACGAAGAAGCAAGAGGUGGAUUCUCUCAUCAGAUCCACCAUCGACAAAGUCCUCGUCCUCCGCUUCGGCCGAGCUUCCGAUACCGUCUGCCUCCUCCUCGACGACGUCCUCGCCAAAACGGCGCGAGAGGUCUCAAAUUUCGCAGCAAUUGCGCUCGUCGAUAUCGAUUCUGAGGACAUUCAAGUCUACGCCAAAUACUUCGACAUCACUCUGAUUCCAUCGACGGUUUUCUUCUUCAAUGCCCACCACAUGAAGAUGGACUCGGGAACAGCGGAUCACACCAAAUGGGUCGGUGCGUUUCAGCAAAAACAGGACUUCAUUGAUGUCGUCGAGGCUAUUUUUAGAGGAGCUAUGAAAGGGAAGCUGAUCGUGAGCUGCCCGUUGCCGCCGGAACGAAUACCCAAAUAUCAGUUGCUGUACAAAGAUGUGUAGGAGUUGCACAACUCAGGAAUUUUGAUCAGAAAUUAGAGGAGCAAUCAUGAUAACUUUUGCCGUUUGGUAAUGAGUUAUCAUUACCAUUGAUCAUAGCAGUUAGGUAAUCAAUCUGCACUUGGUCUGUGAAUCCAGUUUAGUUAAUUUCCAAGAGCUGUAAUUUGUUAAGAAUUUAUCUGAGAACAAAAAGCUUCGUCCAUACACACAAAACUGGGAGACAUAACUCUAGAUAGAAAUAUUUGACAAAAGAGGUUUUGCAGAAAUCUCGGUUACAUCUAAGCAAUCACCUAACAAAAAAAAUUAUUUAAAAAAGAACAGUUGAAUUAUAACUAGAA